AUGACGAACCCAUCUCAACUCUUUCUCCUCGCCGACCAUAUCAAACUCUCUCUACUAGAGCGACAACGUGCUAUAUCUCUGGAUCUUGAACCAAACGCACAAGAUGGUGAAAUUUCUCGCUCCCUUGAGUCCCUUCAAGAGGGCAUCCAAGCCAUCGAAGCCGAGCAAGCCCGGCUAGCAGAUUCCCAUGAUAGCGCCGGCGCAGCUGCGCUCAAAAAUCAACUCGACCCCCUCCACGAGCAAUACCGAGAUCUAUCAUCCCAAUUUUACGGUGAAUCGGCGCAGGCGUCGAACUCCACUUCUCCCGAUCUGAAACAGCCCGUUCCUCAACAUCCGCCAUCCAAAUCCGUGCGAUUUAUGGAUAACUCGGCCGCUGCUGCAGCUGUGCAAGAGGAGAUCGAUGAAGAAGAAGAUCGUAACCGACAGAACCUCUUCCGUCCUUAUCGCGAUCAGCCUUCUCCGCCAGGUCCCGACCAGUCAAAUCUGAGCAAUGAACAGAUCUAUCUGCAGCACGAUCAAACGAUGCGCGACCAGGAUGACCAACUUGAUCGGCUGGGAGAGUCAAUCGGGCGACAGCAUCAAUUGAGUAUCCAGAUUGGAGAUGAGCUGGAUGGUCAUGUUGCGUUGCUGGAUGGUCUGGACGGCGAUGUCGAGAGACAUCAAGGUCGACUGGAUACCGCACGCCGCCGGCUGGACCGGUUUCGGCGCAAGGCGGGUGAGAAUUGGAGCAUGAUGACUAUCAUUGGUUUGAUUAUAAUCCUUGUCAUCUUGAUUGUUAUUUUGAAAUAG